CAUAAGUUCUGUGUGAGAGGCUGUCUUGUUGUGAAGCCAGUGGGAGGACAGGAGGAGGAUAUAUGAAGGACUGAGACACAACGAAGCUGCUGAGAAGAUGAUGAAGAGGAAACUGGAAAGACAAGUGUGUGUACUUUUACCCAACAAGCAGCACCUGGACUGUACCGUCAGGGUUAAAGCCAGAGGCCAGGAGGUGCUGAACCAUGUGCAGGAGCUGCUUCAGAUCACUGAGCUCCAAGUCUUUGGCCUGGCUGUGCUCAGAGAUAAUGAGUAUCUCUUUGUUGAUUUGGCGCAAAAGCUGAGUAAGUAUUUCGGCAAAGAAUGGAGCAGGGGGUCUGCGAUGGUGCCGUUCAUCUUAUUUCUGAGGGUGCAGUAUUACAUAGACAGUGGAAGGCUGAUACUGAGCAGCAGAGUUCUGCAGCUCUACUACACAGAGCUGAGGCAGAAGGUGCUGCGCUCACAGAGUCGCCAUCAGGAAACGCUGUUCUUCCAACUGGCAGCGUCUGCACUUCAGGCUGAAGUCGGAGAUCUGGAACUGAGACAGGAGAACAAAGCUGAAGGAGGACAGACCAGAUGCAAGGGACCACUCAUACAUUAUUUCCUUCCUGAAGAUUAUUUUCCUCCCUGGCUCAUAAAGCGUCGAGGGCGAGACUACCUACUUCAGCACUGUCCACAGCUCCACUCUGAGCUGAGGGGUAUGUCUCACAGACACGCAAUCCUGGAGUUUAUAAAACAGGCGGGAACGCUACAGGACGGACCGGUGACCCUUUACAGCAUGAAACAGGAGAAAAAGGAGAUGAAAAGUUCAAUCCUUCUUGGAGUUGCAGUUAAGGGAGUCCAUAUUUAUCAGGAGGUGGAAGGAAAGCGGUGUCUACGAUAUGAGCUUUGCUGGACUGACGUAGACCGCUUGACUUUCCAGGGCAGCAGGUUUGAGGUCUACGCAGUGGCCUCUCUGUGCCUCCCUAAGCUGGUGUUUUACAAUCGCUCAACGUUCCACUCCAAACACGUCCUGAGGCAUCUCACCGACUGUCACAGGUUUCACAUGAACAUCAGGGACGCAGUCAGAUACAUCCAACAGCUGGAGGACAUGCACGCUAAUCGGUUCUAUAAGGAGGCUUACAUCUGUGACAUGAUGCUAUUAAAGCAGAAACUUCACUGCAACAGCCUCGAAUCUUCCAUGUCUGACUGCAGUGUAGAAGUAGAAACAACAACAGCCUGGUCCAAAGAGAAGGAGGAGGAGGAGGAGGAGGAGGAAGAGCAGCCUGAGGGGGAUGGUUUUAUAACAGAGGCUGAGUUGUGUCUGGAGGAACCUGCAGAGGUUUUGGUCGAUAACCUAGCUGAGGUUUCCUGGCUGGCUGAGCUGGUCUACGGCGUGUCUGUCGAUGGACCUUUGGUGUUACCUUCAUCGCAGUGGACAGCUGUCACCAUGGAAAUGAAACAGGUUCUGAGGAGGAGAUCAGACGAUGGGGUUUGUGUGGACUAAUGCCAGGCCAGAGGACGCUCAUUAUAUACAUGUUCUGCAGCACAAGGACUCCUAUUUUACUCCCAUUAGCUCUUUGAAGCUACAAAUCAAGUACCUUAAGCAUAAGAUAUAUAAAUUAUGCUAACCUCUGUCUGUGAUCUAUUUAUAAAAUGAGUUCAAAUGUAACACAGCAUUAACUCAGAGAAUUUGUUGUGUAUAAGCAAUGAAAAUCACUUUAAAUGAUCGAUAAUUCACCCAUCCUGUGCAAAACAGCCAUUCUCACAUGUAAUAUAUAUUCAUCUGCGAGUAUUAAUCACCCUGUGCACUGUAAUUAUUCUGUAUAUAUUCAACCAACCUCUGCAAUACAUUUUUUAUAUUCUCAAUUUUUAUCCUUUUACCUUCAUAUUUGUAUGUAGAGCUAACUUUAUCUUGUACAUAUUUUGCACCUUAUAUUUUAUCUAUAAUUACCUGUUUGCACUGAAAAAGGAGAAGCUCUCGAAUCUCGUUGUACAUUCAGUAUAAUGACAAUAAAGAGCAUUCUAUUCUAUAAAUGGGCUAAAUUGUGUCUGUUUCUGCUUCCAUAUUAGGCGCCUUUUUUUUUUUUUUUUCAAAACUUGUGUGGGAGUUCACAAACUGAACUGACAUCUGCUUCAGUGUGAGUGCUUUCCUAACACACAUUUAAGAAAACAUUUAAAAGCAGCUCAGUGUUUGAAUACUUUAACAC